AUGACGAUCUCUUCCAUCCAGAUCAUCCCCUCAUCCCGAACCACCCUCAACGUUGCGGAGAAAAGAGAACCGAAGCCGCCUCCAAAGAUUUUCUCUGCUCGCGAGCCUCCAUUCAAAGGCAUUCAACCGCCACAGCCGGAUGGCUACGAGCGGAGCCGAGCUUUCCCAAGUACUAGUGCAAUAGUUAUCGACAAUGGUACUAUCCCCAAGCGCCCCACUGGCAGCGCUGUGCUGAUACACCUUCUAGGAUCUCAUCUCGUUAAAGCCGGUUGGUGUUUUGACAAAACCCCGCGCCUUACCAUUCCUCCCGUCAUUGCACGAUAUAGAGACCGCAAAGCCAAUCGCACAUGCCAGUUCGUCGGGUACGAUGCCUACGUCGAUGCGACCACAAGAGGCCAAGUGCGCAACGCAUUCGAUCCCGGAACAAGCAUUAUCGGCAAUUGGGAUGUUAUGGAGGGGGUCCUGGAUUAUAUAUUCUUAAAGCUUGGGGUGGACGGAGCUAAUGGCGGAGUCGACCGGCCGCUUGUCCUGACAGAGCCGAUUGCCAAUCUGGGAUAUUCACGGAAGAUGAUGAACGAAAUUGUUUUCGAAUGCUAUUCAGCUCCAUCGGUCGCAUACGGCAUCGACUCCCUAUUUGCAUACAAAUAUAACCGUGGCACGGACGGCCUUGUCAUAUCUGCGUCGCACGCUUCUACCCACGUUAUCCCCGUUUUAAAUUCCAAGGCUAUACUGUCGAAUUGCACCAGGCUAAACUGGGGUGGCUACCAAGCAUGCGACUAUCUCAUGAAGCUUCUUAAAUUGAAAUACCCUACCUUCCCCGCACGAAUAACGGAGUCCCAGAUGGAGGAGCUCCUGCACCAACACUGCUAUGUGUCGCAAGAUUACGAUUGUGAGCUAGCCGGAUAUCUUGACUGGACCGGCCUAGAGGAGCGAGACCACGUCGUUCAAUACCCGUUCACCGAGCAUAUCAUCCCCGAAAAGUCCGAAGAAGAGCUUGCUAGAAUAGCUGAGCGCAAAAAAGAAAGCGGAAGGCGACUUCAAGAGCAAGCUGCAAAAAUGCGGCUCGAAAAAUUGAUGAAAAAAGAACAAGAAUUGGAAUACUACAAGGAUCUACAAAAGAAUCUAGGUUCAGAAACUAAAAAGGAAAUCAGGCGGAUCCUUGAUGCCGAAGAGAUGAAGGACGAAGCUCACUUGGAUAGAACUAUUAAGGAGCUUGAGCGGUCAAUAAAAAGGUCGCGAAAUAAAGACCUGGGACAAGAGGAAACGGAAGAGAACCCGGAAGAAAUGACAUUCCCAUUAGUAGACGUUCCCGACGAAGAGCUCGACGAGGCUGGCCUCAAGGAGAAAAGGCAUCAACGCUUAAUGAAAUCCAACGUUGAAGCGCGACAGCGGGCAAAAGAAGAGAAAGAACGAGAGAAGGCGAGGAUAGCGGAAGAGGAGCGUCUUGACACUGAGAAACGAGAAAAUAGCUUUGAUGCCUGGGUAGAAGAACGAAGGCAGGCAAGAGAGGCAUUAAUACAAAGAAUCAAAGAGCGUGAGCGAAUGAAAGCCGACCUGGGCAACCGCAAGUCACUCGCCAGCCAAAUCCGUAUGAAAACGCUCGCCAACCUGGCAGCCGACGGGCCCCGGAAACGCCGCCGGGGCGGGGACGACGACACCUUCGGCGCCAACGACGAAGACUGGGGUGUCUAUCGCACCGUUGCCACCGGGGAGGGCAGCGAAGACGAAGAAGAAGAGGACCCGACGCAGCAGCUCAAAUCCAUCGAAGCAGACCUCCUCAAGUACGACCCCGAAUUCACCGAAAACCACACCCUCGAAGCCCAGUCCGACUGGACCAAAUCCCUCAUCCACAUGUUCCUCCGUGGCCCCUGGCCCUUUGACCCGGAAAGCCAGCGCGAAGCACACCAGUUACACCUCAACGUCGAACGCAUACGCGUUCCCGAAGUCAUCUUCCAGCCCUCCAUCGCCGGCAUCGAUCAAUCCGGCAUCGUCGAAAUCGCCGCGGACAUUGUCCUGCAGCGCUUCUCGUCGCCCCAGGACCAGGCGAGGCUGCUGCGCGACGUCUUUAUCACGGGGGGCAGCUCGCUCUUCCGCGGGUUCGACGAGCGGUUCCAGCGUGAAUUUCGCGCUGUGCUCCCAGAGGGCUCGGACCUGCGGGUUCGUAGGGCGGCUGAUCCCGUGUUGGAUGCGUGGAAGGGAGCGGCGCAGUGGGCGUCGGGCCCGGACCUUGGCAUGUGUUCGAUUACAAGGCAGGAAUACAUGGAAAAGGGGAGUGAGUACAUCAAGGAGCAUAGGCUGGGCAAUGCCACUUGA